AUCCGCAGCUCAGCAACUAGAGCAGUCAGGCUAGAGUGGAGGUUGAGGUAGCUAGGCAGGCAGUGAAAAGAAGCCAACGGAAAGAAGCUCUAAGAGGAAUUAAAUUUUAAGUGAAUUGCAACUGAAAACUCGAGCAGGAUGACCUCCAAGUGUCCUAAGUGCGAACAGCCGGUUUAUUUUGCUGAAAAGGUGAGCUCUCUUGGAAAGAACUGGCAUCGUUUCUGUCUAAAAUGUGAGCGCUGUUGCAAAACUUUGUCUCCGGGAAGCCAUGCAGAGCAUGAUGGGAUGCCAUACUGUCACAAGCCAUGUUACGCAACCCUUUUUGGACCUAAAGGAGUCAAUAUUGGAGGUGCAGGAAGCUACAUUUACGACACUCCACCAUCCACGCCUGUGAGCAAAUCAAUGGAAAGCCCCAGUGGUAACUCUCCUACUACACCUUGGACAGCUAAUCAGACGGUAAAAACACAGCAGAAAGCUGCUUCUGUACGUGUUAAGACUUUUGCUGGGGAAACCUCACUUUGCCCUGGCUGUGGAAAGGUAGUCUAUUUUGCUGAGAAGGUGAUGUCCUUGGGUAGAAAUUGGCACAGACCGUGUCUUCGCUGUGAGAGAUGCAAAAAGACGCUCACUCCAGGAGGUCAUGCAGAGCAUGAUGAAAAACCAUAUUGCCAUGUUCCCUGCUAUGGAUAUCUCUUUGGGCCGAAAGGUGUUAACAUUGGAGAAGUUGGGUGUUAUAUUUAUGAUAACCACAAUGAACAACUUCUUUUGUAAUGGACACGAUUGCCAGGAUGCAUGUGUAGGACUGGGAGGAAGAAAAAAAUACAACCGGAACGAAUGCUACUGCUCUGACAAAAAAACGGAAAGCCUAUGACAAUUUAAUUUUUAUUAUUUCUUAACUUUAAGUUCAUCAGGUCACAUUCUUGUUAAAGGUUUAGACUGAUAAAGUCCUUGAGUAAGGCACUGCCACUGUAGUAUGUGCACAUAGCUUAAUUUUGCAUUUAAUUUUAUUUUUGUUAAUAAAGUAGUUAUAUACCCUCUAUAUGUGCAGGUUAAAUAUUAUAACAUGAGGGUGUUGUCCUCUGUAUUGUCAUGCUUUGUGUGUAUGUGUGUGGUGUUUUUUUUUAAUUAAUUGGAAAUUCAGAAAAAAUAAACUGUUCAGUGCUAUUUUUGUAUUUGCUACAAAGGGUAGAAAAACUGAGAAUAUUUAAUGUAAUAUUUCUUAAAUGGCACUGAGGAUUGAGAAUUAAAUUGCCCACCGAAUUCAUGAAAGAGCUCCACAUCUGGGCUGCACUGCUGAUGUUCAGGUCUCUGUGCUUCUUGACUAAACCCCCCCCCCCCACCCUGAAGCCCUGUAGUCGUCAAUAUAUGAAAAAGUGAGAAGCAAAUGUGCUACUCACGCCUGCGAUGCCUAAAUUCGUUUCCAAACUAGACAAGCCUUUGAGAUGCAGUAUUACCUUAGUAAACUUCACUUGCUAUAUAAUCCUUCAGGUAAAGUGCAUGUCACCCAUCACAGCUGAGUUGUGUCCGAAUAAAGGCACAUGAAAAUUACACUGCUAACUGUUCUUGAAUUGCUCAAAUCUGGUUUGUGGCUCUACUGACUUGUAAGAUUUGCUAGUCGUCGUCUUUUAGGAUGGGAUUUCACAAAUGUGUUUAUGUCUAGUUUGUAUCUUUUGUUUGGUUCUUUUCAGGCUGGUGUGAUUGUAGUUCUGUGGUUUUAUUCUUUCAUUUAGGGUACAUAGUGCAAAUUGUUAAGUAAAGAAUUAAAAUUGUUUUUGUAGGUUAGUUCACCACUUUGCAAGAUUUUAUAAUAAAUCAAUGUUUUGAAUUCUCUUAUGUAUAAAACUACCCAUUUCCUGUAUAUAGUACUCUGAAUAUUUCAAAGGCAUCUGAUGUUUUCUGAAUGUUUAAUACUGUUUUAAGUUUAUGUAUCAGUUUUGUUAAAACUUCAAAUCACAUUGAGAUAACUUAGAAUGUAAGUGUUGAGUGACUGUAAAUUAAUGUAUAACUAUUCUCAUUUUUAUUUUCCAGUUUGCAUAACAGUAUUUGCCAAAAGUUUGACAGUAUUUAAGUUUUAAUUAUGCAGCCUCGUUUAAAGCCCUGUCAUGAUGUUUAUAUUCCUUUUCAUGGAGCUGAAAUGUCUCUAAAAUCUUACAUCAGGUGCUCGAUUCUUAAAAUAAAAAUAGUGUGACAAACA